CAAAACAAUCCCAGCUCUCUUUGUAUACAUUGCCAACUCAAUAUAAUAAUAGGUUUUAUGAAGGAUGGCAAUGGGAAGGUUUGUGAGCUUGGUGGGUACAAUGUCAAAAGAAGAUAAAAAAGAAAAGGUCGAAUCGGCGAUUAUCGCUGUUUACAAAGCUCAUUUACACUGCCCAAAAUGUGCAUAUGAUAUCAGAAAGCCUCUCAUGAGAACCCCAGGUGUACACAGUGUUGACGUCAAAUUUGAGAGUGGAGAAAUUACGGUUAAAGGAACAUUUGACGCAAAGAAAAUGCAUGAAAGAAUAGAGAGGAUCAGUAAGAAAAAGGUAGUGAAGGUCAAGGAAGAAGUUUCAGUAUUGAAGGAAAUCAAAAAGGAAACAAUAAGGACAACAAAAAUAAACGCUUACAUGCACUGUGACCAGUGUGAGCGCGAUUUGCGCACGAAACUACUCAAGAACAAAGGCAUUCAUAAUGUUAAAACUGACAUGAAAGCUCAGACUCUAACAAUUGAAGGAACCAUCGAGUCCGAAAAGCUCUUGGCAUUCAUGAAGAAGAGGGUGCACAAACAUGCAGAGAUAAUAUCUCCCAAACAAGACAAGAAGGAAGAGAAGAAGGAAGACAAGGAGGAAAAGAAAGACAAGAAGGAAGACAAGAAGGAAGACAAGGAGGAAAAGAAAGACAAGAAGGAAGAGAAGAAGGAAGACAAGAAGGAAGAGAAGAAGGAAGACAAGGUUACAGUGGAAGUGAAAACAAAAGAAACCACGGAAAUUAUAGAGUUCAAGGAAGAGAAGAAAGUGGAGGCGAAAACAAAGGAGGGAAAUGUUCCAUACUUUAUUCACUAUGUCUAUGCUCCCCAGUUGUUUAGUGAUGAAAAUCCAAAUGCUUGUUCUAUAAUGUAGAUAUGUAGAACACUGAUCAUAAAGUGGGCAUCAUAUGAUUUGAUUUAUUUUUCAAUUAUUGCUUUUGACAAGACUAAAUUUUACUAUUCGACCCGAAAAUUUGUACUUGAUACAUGGGAAUUCCCCAAACCAAAUAUAUUUUUUAUGUGAUGUGAAUUAGAAUUGAAUUGUGACAUAGUAGAUCAUAAAUUAAGAAGGU